UCUUUGUUUUAUGGUAGCUGUCUCUGACUCUCUUGCUAAGCUAUAGUUUGUGUUUUGUACUUCCAUAUAUACAACAGUACAAUAUGAAUAUUGUAUCAAAAGCGACGGCUUUCUUUGUUUUGGCUCUCGUUGCACUGCUGUUUGUGGAGCCUGUUUCGGGUAGAACGAAAAGGGCUAGUACUGAGAAACUGAACAACAACUCAUUGGGGACUCAGGACCUUGUGACCAACUUACCCGGCCAGCCUGCUGCAGACUUCAAGCACUACGCUGGCUAUGUGACCGUGAACGAAACAAAUGGGAGGGCUCUUUUUUACUGGUUUUAUGAGGCUGCCUCCAACCCAGACGGAAAGCCUCUUGUGUUGUGGCUUAAUGGAGGUCCUGGGUGCUCUUCUGUGGGAUAUGGAGCAACCCAAGAGAUUGGUCCAUUCAUAGUGGACACUGAUGGAAGUGGAAUUAAAUCUAAUAACUACUCAUGGAAUAAAGAGGCCAAUAUGUUAUUCUUGGAAUCUCCAGUUGGGGUUGGCUUUUCAUAUUCUAAUACAACUAGUGACUAUGAUAAUCUCGGCGAUGAGUUUACAGCGAAUGACGCGUAUAACUUCUUGCAUAAGUGGUAUCUCAAGUUCCCAACAUACAGAACAAGGACCUUCUACAUUUCUGGGGAGAGUUAUGCAGGAAAGUAUGUUCCAGAGCUCGCCGAGCUCAUAUAUGACAAGAACAAUGAUCCUUCCCUUCAUAUUGAUCUCAAGGGUAUCCUGUUGGGUAAUCCUGAAACAUCUGAUGCUGAUGACUGGAGAGGUCUGGUAGAUUAUGCUUGGAGUCAUGCUGUGAUAUCAGACGAAACUCACAAGAUAAUACGCGAAAGCUGUGAUUUCGACAGAAAUGAUACUUGGAGUAACAAGGAUUGUACUCUUGCUGUGGAUGAAGUGCUAAAACAGUACAAGGAGAUAGAUAUUUACAGCCUUUACACCUCGGUCUGCAUUGGUGAUACGGCAAGCUCAACUGAUGGUUCGAUGCAGGUCAUGAUGAAACGCACAUCUACGAUGAUGCCAAGGAUUAUGGGUGGCUACGAUCCAUGUCUCGAUGGAUAUUCAAAAACCUUUUAUAACAGACCAGAUGUGCAAAAGGCCCUCCAUGUUAGUGAUGGUGUCCGGCUCAAGAACUGGACCAUCUGCAACGAAAAAAUAUUUGAGGACUGGGCAUAUUCGAAGCCUUCCGUUCUUCCUAUAUACAAGAAACUCAUUGCAGCAGGACUUAGAAUAUGGGUGUACAGCGGAGACACAGAUGGAAGAGUUCCAGUGCUUUCCACAAGAUACAGCUUAAGUGCUCUAGGAUUGCCUAUUACUAAGGCAUGGAGGCCUUGGUACCACGAGAAGCAGGUUAGUGGAUGGUUUCAAGAAUAUGAAGGUCUUACAUUUGCAACAUUUAGAGGAGCUGGGCAUGCAGUUCCCUGCUUCAAACCAAGCAACUCACUGGCUUUAUUCACGUCUUUUCUCCUCGGCGAUCCUCUCCCAACUGCUCGAGUAUAACUAUAGUAAAGUCAGUAAUGCUGAUAAUUAACCAAGAAAAUCCUAUAUGGAUCUGUGUAGGGCUCAAAAAGAUUUUUGCUCUUAGUACUAUACCAACUAUAUAUUGCUUGGCUACAUGUAGUUGAAGACCAUAGCCGAAAUAGAGAAUAAAAAAAAUGUUAGUUAACACAUCAAGAGGGGUAAACCCUUCAAAUAUUUCUUAUGUAAAAGAAGGCACUACGUCUCAAGAAAUUACGAGUAUUGAAUACAAAACCUCGAAUGCAAAAUACACCCUUUAAAUAUCA